AACUCGCGCACGCACACAAGUAAAUUGCACCGGCGCCGUGUCGUGUCUUGGCGAUGGCGACGCUGCGAGCGCUGCGCAGCAUUUGCCUGGGGCUUCUGCUUUGGUUUGGGACAGAAGGCUUCAUAGCGGCUCGGGGCCGCUUCAGGAGACGCGAUGUCAGCCGAAAUGCCAUAGGCCCGCCCAUCCCUGGCGCCCGCUUCUCGGUGAAGUCGCAGCUGCCGGCAAUCCGGGAAGCCGUGGCGGAGCAGGGCCUCGCACGUCUUUGGUCGGAAUCCGCGGCUUGCCUGACUGCUUGCGGCAUGGACACUGAGGACGCAGAAGAAAUUCUCGCCAAGGGCCUGGGCUGGUCCACGUGGCUGGCGGUGAACCGCGCGGAGUACCUCAAGCCCAAGGCCCCCGAGCCCGCAGCCCUGCAGCGGAGCGUGGCGUUCCUAAAAGACGGACCGCUGCGGCUGAGCGGGGAGGAGCUGCGGCAAGUGCUGCUGGGCUCGCCGAAGGCGGCGGUGAAGGAUCCCAAAGCCGCCUACGAGUCCUCCUUGGCCACUGCUCCGGAGGAGUUCCAAACGCCGGCGGCGUUUCGGGCGCUGCUGCUGCGCAGCCCGACGAUCUUGGAGCUGAGCUUCAACUGCGGCCACCGCUGCUCGGCCGCGUGCGGCCGCUGCUGGUGCCCCGCCCUGGUGCAGCUGCGGGUGGGCGCCGUCCCAGCCAAGCUCUAGGUGCCCUCAACCACUCGAUGAGCUGAGCUCAGGUCUCACCGAGAGCGUCCCAUCGAUGUCUUCCGGGGAUGCAAAGCCUUGCAUCAAAGGGUUGGGUUACAGGACA